AUGAAUGGGACAGAUCCCAAGCUUCUGAUCUUACUUCUUACUGUUACUUUCAUAGGAUGGCGUUUUUUCCGCCGUAGGACAGGCAAGAGUAUCUUGGACAAGAUUCCCGGCCCUCCUUCGAAUUCAUUUUGGGCGGGAAACAUGCUCCAAUUUGAUGCUCGUGACGGAAUGGAUUUCCAGAGGCACGUGGCAUUGGAUUACGGGUCAGUGACAAGGAUGCACGGUCUUUUUGGACAACCGGUUUUGUAUGUUUCCGAUCCGAAAGCGCUUCAAACUAUAAUUCUCAAGGAAGAGCACAUUUUCCAAGAGCCUCUUGCAUUUAGGAUGACGAACAAUUUUGUAUUCGGGCCAGGCUUACUUUCAACAAUUGGAGAGACGCAUCGCAAGCAGAGAAAGCUGCUGAACCCGGCCUUCUCCACUAACCACAUGCGUUCUAUACUUCCUAUAUUCUAUGGUGUCGCUCACAGGCUCCGUGAUGCCAUCUCGACUCAAGUCAAGAACGGACCUGAAGAAGUCGACAUACUGAAUUGGAUGAGUCGCACUUCUCUUGAGCUCAUUGGACAAGGUGGACUGGGGUACUCGUUCGACCCUCUGACCGAGAACGUGCAGAACGAGUAUGGGAACGCCGUGAAAGACUUGUUCCCAAACUUGCAGCCUCUGAGUAUGUUCGUGCCUCUUGUUCCCUUGAUUGGGAAUAUUGGCCCUGCCUGGUUUAGGAGAUCAGUAACAAGCUUGAUGCCAUAUCGCAAAAUCCAGAGAGUUAUUUCCAUUGUUGAUACUAUGAAUAAAAGGUCAUCAGAAAUAUUCAAUGCAAGGAAGGAGGCAAUCCGCCAAGGUGAUGACGCAAGUCUGCAACAAGUCGGAGGAGGAAAGGAUAUUAUGAGUCUUUUCAUCAAGGCAAAUGCGGCGACGUCGGAAGGGGAUCGUUUACCUGACGAGGAACUUGUUGCUCAAAUGUCCACGCUUGUUACCGGGGCGGUCGACACAACAUCGAAUGCCCUGUCGCGUAUUUUGUACAUCCUAGCAGGGCGUCAGGACGUACAAGAAAAGUUGCGCAAGGAGAUCCUUGAGGCGGAAGCAGGUGAAGGGCUGUCUUACGACGAGUUGGAUCAGCUGCCGAUUCUGGACAGUAUUUGCAGAGAAACGUUACGAGUCUAUCCACCAGCACCAACUAUAUUCCGCCAGCCAUGCCAAGACACUGUUUUGCCUCUGUCUGAGCCAAUUGUUGGUACAGAUGGCCACUUGAUCAAGGAGAUUCCCAUCCCGAAAGGCACAUUGUUCAUUGUGGGCAUUAUGGGUAGUAAUGCAAGCAAGACACUCUGGGGAGAGGAUGCACGCGAAUGGAAACCUGAACGUUGGCUCUCUCCGCUGCCCAGUACCGUCACAGAGAAUCCCACUCCCGGUAUCUACUCAAACAUGAUGACCUUCAUUGGCGGGAAACGGGGAUGCAUUGGAUUCAAAUUUUCCGAAAUGGAAAUAAAGGUUGUGCUGUCGGCCUUGUUGUCCACUUUCAAAUUCCACCUCACCGAGAAACCGAUCGAAUGGAACAUUGCAGCAGUGCAAUAUCCCACAGUCGGAAAAGAUAGCAGCGUGCCCGCGAUGCUGCUCAGGGUUGAAUUGCUGAAGUCAUAG